CCGACCGGGUCCCGUGUUCCCGCAAACCAACCACGCACUAAACAAAAAAAAGAUUAGCAGCGCUGGCCAUUCCUUUUUCUUCUUCUUCUUUUUCUUUAGCACCUGCGUCACGCGACCACGCCACUGAAGAAGCUUAAGCAAGAUUAGACCGGAAGCUUAAGCUCAGCUACAGAAUACAAUUGUUUUGCUGUUGGUUUCGUUUCGCUUUGGCGAUUGCUUGCGUAGAGGAAGGGGGAAACAGUAGCAGCAGCUUGUUCGUUUAUUCCGUUCCACGCAUCCCAACAAUUCCCACCGCGAGAUUCCCUGCUCCGAUCGCGUGUUGCCUUGCUUUGUUUUGUGGGUUUCCGUUCUGUCCAUCGCGGCUUUGGCUUGGGUUUCUUCUCCUCCUCCGAGGCUCCGACCUUCUAGGGGAUUUGGUUCUUGGAAUUUCAGACGAGCUACAGCCUCGAAUUGCUCUGUUUCUGAGGAUUUGCCCGGGAAAAGGUGGGACUUUUGUCGAAUUCCGCCUUGGUUCCAUCGAUUUUGUGAUUUUCUUGAGGAUUUGUGGAGUUGGUGUGAUUGCGAAAGGGGGAAAGGGAGGCCUUUUUGGUUGUAGAUUUGUUACCGGAGAUGGGCAAACCGUCGCUGAAGAAGAAGAGGGCCUCCGGCGGCGGCGCCGCCAAGUCCGGCGAGCACGGGGGCAAGCCGGCGUCGCUGGAGCGCUCCGGCUCCAAGGUCCUCGACGGCGACGAGACCCUCUUCACGGACAUGGCGCAGGAGCACAAGGAGGAGGGCAACAAGCUCUUCCAGCGCCGGGACUACGACCGCGCGCUCCUCAACUACGACAAGGCCAUCAAGCUACUGCCCCGGGCGCAUCCUGACGUCGCCUACCUCCACAGCAACAUCGCCGCCUGCUACAUGCAGAUGAGCCCGCCCGACUACUACCGCGCCAUCAACGAGUGCAACGUCGCGCUGGAGGCAUCGCCCAAGUACACCAAGGCGCUGCUCAAGCGGGCGCGCUGCUUCGAGGCGCUCGGGAGGCUCGACCUCGCCUGCAGGGACGUCAACAAGGUGCUAGCCUUGGAGCCCAACAACCUCACCGCGCUGGAUGUGGCCGACAGGGUCAAGAAGGCCAUGGAGGAGAAGGGGAUUGUGUUGAACGACAAGGAGAUCAUGCCCACGCCGGAGGAGGUGGUCGCUGCUGCGCCGAAGCAGAAACUGCGCAAGAAGAAGGGGCGGAAGGAAGCGGCCAAAGCGGCGGCGGCGGCUGUGGAGGAGGUGGAGGAGCAGAAGGCUGGGGAAGCUGUGGAGGAGGUGGAGGAGCCACAGAGGCAGGUGAAACUUGUGUUUGGUGAGGACAUAAGGUGGGCUCAGGUGCCGGCGAGCUGCAGCAUGGCACAGCUGCGCGAGGCCGUCAGGAGCAAGUUUCCCGGGUUGAAGGCAGUUCUUGUCAAAUACAAGGACAAGGAGGGUGAUCUUGUGACAAUCACCAAUCAGGAUGAGCUGAAAUGGGCUGAAGAGUUGGCUGAGCCGGGGAGCUCACUUCGGCUCUAUGUCACUGAGGCCAACCCAGAGCAUGAACCUUACAUAGAUGACAACAAUAGUGGGCCGAUGGAGAGAAAUGUGAACAACACUUCGGAUAAUGGAAGUACCAGAAGCAAUAGGCAGGAUGAGGAAAGGAGCACGGUGACUUGCAUUGAUGAUUGGAUUGUGCAAUUUGCUCGGCUUUUCAAGAACCAUGUUGGGGUCAGCUCUGAUGAAUAUUUGGAUCUCCAUGAGGUUAGUAUGAAGCUCUACACCGAGGCCAUUGAGGACACUAUUACUACUGAGGAAGCGCAGGAGGUAUUUCAACUUGCUGAGGGCAACUUCCAGGAGAUGGCAGCGCUUGCAUUUUUCCACUGGGGUAAUGUUCAUAUGUCUCGGGCCAGGAAGAGGUUGUUAUUGUCAGGAGACUCCCCAAGGGAAUUGGUGCUUGAGCAAGUGAAGGAGGCGUAUGAGUGGGCAAGGAAAGAGUACAAUAAGGCUGGAAAGAGAUAUGAAGAAGCCGUGAAGGUCAAACCGAACUUUUUUGAAGGUUUUCUUGCACUUGCACAUCAGCAGUUUGAGCAAGCAAAACUGUCAUGGUACUAUGCUAUUGGGAGUAACGUGGAUUUGGACACAUGGCCUUCAUCUGAAGUCUUGGAGCUCUUUAACAAAGCUGAGGAUAACAUUGAGAAGGGUAUAGAAAUGUGGGAGGAAAUGGAAGAACAGCGUCUGAAGAAUCGAUCCAAACCUAGCCAGGAGAAUCUUGUGCUAGAGAAGAUGGGCCUUGAGGAGUAUAUCAAGGAUGUAUCCACUGAUGACGCGGCUGAACAGGCUUCCAAUUUGAGGUCUCAGAUAAACAUUUUGUGGGGUAUGCUCCUUUAUGAGCGUUCAGUUGUGGAAUUUAAAUUAGGCCUUCCAAUGUGGGAGGACUGUCUGAUGGCAGCUAUUGAAAAGUUUAAACUUGGGGGAACUUCGGCUACAGAUAUUGCUGUAUUGGUAAAAAACCACUGUGCAAAUGAAACUGCCCAAGAUGGUUUGGGCUUCAAGAUUGAUGAAAUCGUGCAAGCCUGCAAUGAAAUGUAUGACAUUAAACGGUGGCUGCGUGGUGUUCCAUCUUUCCGCCUUGAGCCAUUGUUUAGGAGAAGAGUUCCACAAUUGCAUACUGCACUGGAGUAUAUAUAGUACAAAUGAAGUUGCUCUGAGACAUUUUAAAUUUCUGGGCUUUUUUAUCAGCGUCAAUUUUCUGUUUUAGGUCAAUUGCUCCAUGGCAUACAGUAUAUUGAUUUGUUUCGUUGCGUUUUUAUACUUUGAAGAGUCUUCUUCCCGGGUGCGAAGCUAUCCAUACAAGCCUAUUCUUUGCACAAGGCUGGUGGCCCUCUGCGAUUUGCAUCUGUAGUUGUCUUGUUUUGUUCUGAUUUGCUUUGUGAUGCGCAGGAAGCUGUGCUUUGUUAUUCAAUCAGUGCUGCGUAUGUCUGUGACAUGGUAGUCCAUUGUUGGAGGAUGGGAUUGGUGGCAUCCUCUUGUUUUGUGAUAUUUUGUCUGUUUUGCCAUGUGCAAGCUCAGUUACAUUUAGACUUUGUUGCCAUUGAAGUUUGCACGAAAGAAAAUUCAAAA